CCGACCAGACAAUCAAGUAAAGUACUAUGAAGAAUCACUUCAACAAGCUCCACCCAAUGUUUCCAUAAAGGCAGCCACACCUCCAAGAUGGCUGCUUUUAGGUUUGACUUUUUUCCAGAAGAUGCAGCAGCACCAAUAAACGAAGAAGAUGAAGGAGAAAAUGUCCAAUCUAUUUGCAAAGACCUCAAACAUAACAUGGAAGAACAUUACUUUAAUCAAACAACUGAAUCACUCAUCAACACCCACACCAUUUCUCGCUCCAUUAAGGUAUCCAAGGGAACAGAGAUUCAUUGCAUUAAUUGCAGUGAUAUUGGAACGGGGACUACAGAAUCUACUAGCAUCUCAAAUUUAAUUAGUAUUACUGACAGGGAGGGCUCAGAUCUUAUACCUGGCGUGUACGAAGGUGGCUUGAAAAUAUGGGAAUGCACUCACGACCUUUUGAUGUACCUGUCAUCCAAUAAUGUAGAUUUUACUGGAAAGUGUAUACUGGAUUUAGGAUGUGGUGCUGGCUUAUUGGGGAUUCAUGCUUUGCUGAACAAAGCAAGGGAGGUACAUUUCCAAGACUAUAACUCGGAAGUGAUUGAUUAUCUUACCAUACCUAAUGUAACAUUAAAUAUAAGCAAAGAACAUAGCGAAAAUAGUUCUGUCUUUGGUAAAACCCGUUUCUUCUCUGGAAAAUGGAGUGACUUCAAGCCUCUGGAUUUCGAUUCAAAUCCAAUGCAGUAUGACAUCAUAUUAACAUCAGAGACCAUAUAUAAUUCAUCUUCUCAUGCCGAGCUUCUUAAUGUACUAUACAGGCAUUUGGAUAAAAGGGGGUUCAUUUUAGUUGCUGCUAAAACGCAUUACUUUGGCGUAGGAGGAACUCUUGGGAUGUUUACCAAGCUCAUUGCACAGGAUGAAGUCUUAAGCCACGAUAUUGUACAGGAAACAGCAACAUCUGUGCCACGAAUUAUUAUGGAAUUGAGAUAUAAUUAACAAUAAUAUGCUUAUAAGGUUGUUUUUAUUGCACUUCUUGGGUGUCCAAAACAAAUUGUAA